AUGGAUGGACACACUUCCCAUAUCAGCUUAGAAAUACUCAAGCUAGCCAAAGAAAACGAAAUCGAGGUUCUUUGCCUUCCUCCUCACACUACCAGUGAACUACAGCCUCUUGACAAAUGUUUGUUCAAACCUUUGAAAACAGAAUACAACAAAGCAUGCAUGCAGUUCAUGAAAGAGAAUCCGGGGCAGGUCAUCACAAGAUACGACUUCUGUGGUCUGUUUACAUCUGCAUACCGUAAAGUUUGCACCAUGAUCAAUGCUGCCAGCGCCUUCCGUUCAACUGGAAUUUUCCCUUUUAACCCAUCGGCUAUAUCAGAAGACGUAUUUGCACCAUCUACUGUUUCACAACUGCCCUAUCCUGGAGGUGAUCAUCACACCGACAAAGAUACAGCCGAAAAAAGAGAUACCAGAAUUCAGAAUGGAAGCAAUACAUGUACAAUGGCAAGGUCGCACACAGAAUCGGAACCACAAACAGAAUCUGAGCCGUCCACCAGUACAACAGAAAUUCCACCAGCGACUAACAAUGUCCUAACAAACUUGCUGAAAGUUCCUACGUUCUACAAGGAAGAAAAGACAGUCUCAAACAAAAGGAGCAGAAGGAUAACAACUGCACGUUGCCUCACAUCAGAUGAAGUAAUAAAUAUGAUAGAAGAAAAAGAGAACGAAAAGGAACAGAAAAGAAUUGAAAAAGAAAAUCGGAAACAGUUGAGAGAAGCUAAAAUGGAAGAAAAGAAAAGGCAAAAAAAUUCUAAGAUGUCAAAGAAGGGUAAAUCUAAAAGAAGAAUGGCUACAAAUGAAAAGGCAGAUAAAGAAAAUUCAAGUGAAAACUUUUGUAAUCAUUGCGGUGGAUAUUACUUUGACGAUGACUCCGAUGAUGAAGACUGGAUAAAAUGUUCAGAAAAGGAUUGCAAUUUAUGGUUCCACGAAACAUGCACUGGGUCUUACGGCAAAGGGCUUGAUACCUUCAAGUGUGACAACCAUGAAAAUGUGUGA